AUGGCGGGCGAACUCGUAUUACUUACCGGCGGCACUGGCAUGAUUGGCUUCCGAGUUUUGACUCUCCUCCUCGAAGCAGGCUACAAAGUCCGGGCUGCAGUGCGAAACCAAGCCGGCUUUGACAGAGUAUCAAAACUCAAGCCUGUUGCACCAUACUCUUCAGAGCUGACCAGCGUAAUUGUGCCGGAUAUCACCGUUGUAGGAGCAUAUGACGAAGCUGUCAAGGGCGUCGAAUACAUUGUGCACGUUGCUUCUCCAUUAGCAAGCAACACUCCUCCCGGGGCUGACUAUGAGAGCUACCUGAUCCAACCAGCUAUUCAAGGUACUGUGGGCAUCCUGGAGUCCGCAGCCAAGACCACCGGUAUUAAGAGAGUUGUCAUUACUGGGUCUAUCCUUUCUAUCGUCACUCCACAAGUCCUUGGCUCAGGUCAAUACAUCAAUGAGGAAACACGUACCCCAACAGUUCACGGUCCAUUUGAGAACCUCUUUAACGCCUACGGUGCAUCCAAAUCCGCAGCAUUCAACAAAGCAAAAGAGUUUAUCGCUGAGAGAAAGCCAUCUUUUGACCUCAUUCACAUCUUCCCUCUCUUCGUCCUCGGACGCGACGAGACUGUCACGACCGCCGAACAGAUUGUCAAGGGCACCAACAACAUGCUAAUGGGCCCGCUGCUCGGCACACCGCGACCAACCCCCAUUGCAGGUGCUCCCGUCCACGUCGAUGACGUUGCUAAACUUCACGUCUUGUCCCUGGAUCCUAAAGUGGAGGGCAACCAGGACUUUUUGGCCGGAUCACAUCAUCUCGAGCACUUUGACUGGCGAAAAUCCGCCGACAUUAUCAAGAAGCAUUUUCCACAGGCAGCUGCCGAAGGUAUAUUCAGCUUUGAGACUGUUGAGAAGCUGGUGACGCUCAAAACGCAGGUGGAUGGUACCAAGGCGGAGAAGGUUUUUGGAUUCAAGGCAAAGGGAUUCGAGGAACAAGUGGUGUCGGUUGUGGGCCAUUACUUGGAGCUGCUCGGUAAGAACUAA